CCGUCCGCCCGCGUCUUCCAGCGUCUCGCUUCAAGGCGGCGAAGGAAACGACGUCGGCGUGUUAGCGAGAGGAGCGCGUCUGAGGCUUCGCGGAGCUUCGUGUCCGGGGUUCGAGCGCAGGGGCGGUAUAAAAGGAGGACGCAACUGUCGGAGCGCGAAGUACGCGUCCGACAGCUCGCUGCAGCACGUCAGGGUCCGAGCGCGCGCAGCCCAUUCGGGUUCCCGGCAGUCCUCGCGUGCGCGAGCCGCAGCUGUCUGUGUGUCCGCUCGGCGAACAUCGGAGAUCCGCGACCGAAGGUGCAGGAGCUUCCCGAAGGCAGAGGACAGCAGCCUGUGCUCCCGCUAUGGCGUUGACUGUGACCCUCACUGGCCCUUCUCCUUGGGGCUUCAGGAUAUCCGGUGGGAGGGACUUCAAGAAGGCGAUAACGGUCUCCAAGGUAAAUCCAGACAGCAAAGCGGAGCAGGCCAACCUGCUUCCGGGGGACGUCAUUGUGGAGAUCAAUGGGGAGAACACGGCCGAGAUGCUAAACGUGGAGGCGCAAAACAAGAUAAAGAACUCGAAGACGCAGCUUCAACUGCUGGUGGAAAGGCCGGAGCCUACGAGCCCUGUGCAGACCAAUGGGAUCAGCGCUACUGAGCAGCUCUCCGUUCGCUUCCAGGAGGCUUUGCAGGUUAGCAGAGAUGAGAACCAGAACUACAGAGAAUACUCAAUCUCCAGUCCAGCCUCUCUGUCCCCAGGGCCCUACUCUCCAGAGUCACCCUCUAGCCCAGACAGAAAGACAGAGAGACAGUUCUCCCCCAGCACCAAGAGCUUUCAGGUGCGUUCCUGGUCUCCAGUGGAGAAGACAUCCAGCCACCGAUUGUCCAGACCACUCUCUCAGGAGUUCUCGCCGGAUUACCGGAGCAACUCCGGGUCCAGCCGGACCCCGACGCCGCCAGGGCAGCAGGUGCCCUACAGCCCUGUGGACAGAGAGCCUUGCGUGUCCCCCAGGCGCAGCUCGGACUUUGCCAUGCAGCGAUUCGACCGCGAUUCGGAGGUCUAUAAGAUGAUUCAGGAGAACAAGGAAUCCCGCACACCCCCCCGUCAGUCCAACACCUUUCGUAUGCUGCAGGAGGUGUUGGAGGCUGAUGAGAAAGAGGCAGCUCUGCGUUUCCCAGGGAAGCUGUCGCCAAGCCCGGCCAAGCCCACCCCUUCUGUAGCUGGCGUGCAGAAGUUCCACACCUGUGCGAAGUGUGGCAACAGCAUUGUCACUCUGUCCGUGCGCAUCACAGACGACCACUACCGCCACCCGGAGUGUUACACCUGCACCGAGUGCGGCCUCAACCUCAAGAUGCGCGGCCACUUCUGGGUGGGCGAUGACAUGUUCUGCGAGAAGCACGCCCGCGAGCGGUACCAGGGUCCGGGCUGCAAUUACCGAGCCCCCAUCUCGCCCCCGUACUGAAGCCGCGCCCCCGCAGACCCUGCGGACGGGCUUCCCGGGUUUGGAUCCUGAGCGACGGGGCCGUGGGAAUCGCGGCGUGCAAGAUGGAGAGCUUAUCCACACCGCGUUCUUUGUCGUGUUACUGUUUUACUUCACCUGGUUUCCACACGCUGGGUUCGAGAGGUCGUUCUAUGCUCUGCUUUUUCUUUACGGUGGAAUCUGAGGAUGUUUUGUAGACUUGCACACGAUGCUUUCCGAAGGUUUGCGUGAUCUCCUUUACGCAGGACAGGCGUAUCGUUGUAAAUAAGCCUUACUGUUCUGAUAUUUGCAGUGCAUAUAUCACAUAUUAGGCUGUUUUUCUUCUCUAAGGGUUGCAGGAAGGUGUUAACUUCCUUAACUGUUCCCAAAGAACUGCUGUGAUGGGGAAACUGCUGAAACAACUUACAAGUCUGGAGUUGGGAGAACUGGGACCCCCGUGGUGUGAUCUAUGGUAUUCCUUCUGAAUACGAACGUCUUGUUUAAAAUUUAUUCUGAUUUACAGCAGAACAGUAGUCUUCAUAUGCCUUCUUUAUUGCCAUUAUACCAUAGCCUUUCCUUUGUGUGAUCCUUUCCUUUUUUUUUUUUGUGAAGUUUUGAAGCUCUUUUGUCCCCCCCCCCCAAACAUAAUAGCAGUGAAACUUAAUAUCCCCUAAAUUCAUCUUUGCAAAUUUAAACAGCCUUUGCCCACCCC